ACCGACCGAGCCCAGCAGCAGCAGCAGACGUUCUCGCGACUUCACUGCGCUUGGUCGGGGCUUUUGAUUGCUCUCUUCCGCUUCCUUUUGUCCGGUCCGGUGUUACCCAUCAUCUUCGGUGCGCGCUUGGAAACUUCGUCAGGCGUAAUGUCCUGCGGUCGCUGCUAAGCGCCGGAAGCAGCUCUUCGACACCUUUUACCUGUUCAACCAUCUGUAUCUCUCUAUCUGGCAUCUUCUGGAAAAGUUCGAAAGUUCGCGAUGAGUUCCAGCAGCAGCAGCAAUUGCAAGUACUCCUGCACGGCCGGAUUGGUCGGGUUGAGUUUCGCCGGAUUCCUGCUGUCGCUGUACACGUCCUACGUGGAGAUCCGGGCCGAGCGGGACCAUAGCUACGAGGCCAUGUGCGACAUAAGCGAGCGAAUUAGCUGCACGAAAGUGUUUACAUCGCCUUACGGUCGCGGUUUCGGCCUGGUGGGGCCACUGCUCGGCCACGACUCCCCCCUCAACAUCCCGAACGGAUUCUUCGGCAUUUUCUACUACUUCCUGGUGGCGGGUCUAUCGUUCAGCAACAGCAUUCGCAUAACGCGGUUCACCACCUACCUGAUCGGCCUAUCGAACGCGUUGUCCCUGUACCUGGCCUAUCUGCUGUACUUCGUCCUGGAGGACCUUUGCGUCGUAUGCGUUUCGACCUACGCCGUCAAUUUCGUCAGCCUGAUUCUGGCCGUGCAGAAGGGGCGGAUUUUGGUCCGCGAGGAUCAAGUCAUGCGCGUCAUGCAGAAGGAUCGCUAGAGUUGUGAAGUUUAUGUGUGAAAUUUUAAAAAGCUUGCCGUCGUUUUUGUUCCAUGACAAAGAAGUGGAUUUGAAAAAAAAACAUUGUUGUAUUAUGUGAUGACAUUUUUCAUAUAGUUGUAGUUAUCGCUCGAAUUGAACAAUAAAUUCUACAUGUGAUGGUUUUACUGCACAA